UUUUAUUUAUGUUAAAUGAGUUCUACAUCUUUUUUAUUAAUAAUUAUACAGGUAUCUUCAGGAAAGGAUGGUUCAAAAAAGGAUGUAAUCAUGGUUGAUCCUGUGGAAGCCAAGCGAUUAGCGGCCAAACAAAUGGAAAGAAUUAAAGCAAAAGAAAAACUCAAGAAAAGACGCCAAAUUGAGGCAAUUAACGGAGCUUGGGCAAUGAUUGGCCUCACGGUGGGUUUAGUUAUUGAAGGUCAAACCGGAAAAAGUAUUAUGACUCAGCUGCAAGACUACUUUGGAGCAAUUAUUCACCUUUUUGUGAAGUAGACAGUCCAAAAGGUGCAUGGAUACAUACUAAGAAAUGCAGAUUCUUUCUCACAUUCUUUGUGAAUAUAUCUGUUAAAGGUUUACCGAUAAGGUUUUUUUCUUAACAAACCAAACCAUACAAUUUUCACUACUCAUUUUUCCUUAUUACCCGUUAAUGCUACAUAUGUAAC